AUGGAUGUGACACCUUCGUCGUUGCCUGAGAUACCGGAAUAUCAAUACGCGACCCUGAAUCAUUCGAUCAAAGAGACCAGGCUCGCCGAACUCCUUCCCGGAAAAUACGAUGACGACAUACACCUCAAGAUACACUGUGUCUCCCUGAGUUCUUCAAAUGGCGCCCGACCAGAGCUAUCAGGCUUCGCCGUUGGCGACCUACAAAAAGAUCUUCCCCCCGAUUGGACAGUGCGUGAAACCAUCAAUGGAAGAUUCAUAUUCGAAAGGAAGAAGGACUACAGGCCAGAUGAGCCUUAUGAAACCUCUUGGGAGCACCCAAAGGCCAAAUUCGAACCUGUUCCGAACAACUACAACCUUCUUCAUACAAAGCCACAAUAUGAGGCCCUUUCGCAUGCUUGGGGCCCGAAAGAAGAUCAGACAGUUGUGAUUAUCGAGCAGACUUCAACGACUAUCGAGUACUCGGUAGAGUCUGAUGCGAAUCACAGCAGGCACAAGGACAAUGUUACAAACGAGAGCAACAAAAGGUCCGCUGAAGAUUGCACGAUUCCUCAAUCAGCCAAGCGAAGCAAAAUACGCAACGGAGAGAAUGACAUAAUCGCAGGCGAGUAUAUUUCACGAGCAUGCUUUGAUAACGAACCUGAAAUAGGCAUAUCGUGCCUAUCGAUACAAAGCGAAUUAGCCACAGCGCUCAGACAUCUCAGGCACAAGAAUCGGUCCAGGAUGCUGUGGGUGGAUAACAUUUGUAUUAACCAAGACGAUGUUUCGGAACGAAGUCACUUGGUCCGGCAUAUGGGACACAUCUACAAGCUUGCUCAAAAGGUCAUCGUCUGGAUUGGUCCGGAAUACGAUGACAGCAAGCGUGCGAUGUCCAAAUUAGAGUAUUUGGGUCGACAAGUUGAGAUUACCAACCAAGGAUCAUGGCGAGUGAAUGCACCAGGCUGUCUGGAGCCAAAUUGGUCGAGGACCGCGGUUCCACUGCCUUAUGAUAGGGAGACCUGGUAG